AUGGCAGGAAAUGCAGAUUCUCUCAGCGCCGACAACAUUGUCGGCAUCGCGACCAGCGCGUUGCGCAGAGAUGGCGGCGAGCAGCCGACUCUCAAGAACCCAUAUGAAGCUGUUGCUCUCGUCGGUCAUGCUUGUAUGAUCGCUGUUGGCUUCAGGCUUGUUGGACUGGGCGAAGAGCACACUCUAGAAUCGGAAAGCUCGUCGCUCCCGACAGAAUGGAACGUUAACGACAACUACGCCUUCCGAUAUGCCCAUUCACAAUCGUCGAUGCAGUAUCUACUCAAGAUUAGCCGGAUAGGAAAUAAUGCGCUGGUGUAUGCCUUGGCCCUAGGUGAUGACCGGACCACGUCCUUUGAUAUCCCCGUGAAAGACUACAUCUCCGCAUCUUCGCUUCCGUUAGCCUCUACGGCAGAUCUCACAAACGCGUUAAAAGAAGUAUUCAUUUCAACGUCUCGGUUGGACGAUUUGAUAGGACUAUUCAAAAUCAGUGUGAUUCAGAAACUGGCGCCCGGGUUGUACAAGGAAGGAUAUGAAGAUACUACUCAGAGCUUGCGAGAAACACAACAGGAGAGGCCACCGCAGUACGACCCGUUGCGGGACGAUACUCAGCCCCAACCUGCACGUCCGUAUCCAUUUGACGACCCCCUGGCAGCAGGCCCUCGUCGACCAACACCCGCUGGAGAUUUUGCUCCCCCGGGCUUCGAAGAUGAGUUUGAAAUUUACAGACCACCUCGCGGCUGGCCUACAGGGGGUGGAAAUCUGGGAGGCUAUGGGGACAGGGACUUGUAUCCUCCUGGACUAGGCCCGAAUGAUCCUUUACGAGGCGGCGUUGGCCCCGGACUCGGAGGGGGCGGGGGCGGCGGAAUGCACCCGACUUUCGAUGACUUGUUUGGUGGCCGUCGCAAUGGACAGGGUUAUGAUCCCCAGGCACCCCCGGGGUCGCGAUAUGACCCUGUUGGGCCUGGGGGACCUCCCUUUGGUAGUGGACGAGGACCAUCUGGACGCGGUUCGGGCGGAGGAUUUGGCGGGUUUGGCGGUGACAUCAUUUAA